AUGAAAAAAGUGGCAAUUAUUUUUUUUUUUUUCUUUAUUGGAAAAGUUAUUGGGAUAAAGAUAUAUAUGAAAAGAAAAUAUCCUAAUGUAGAAAAUGGAGUAUAUCAGUUAGACAAUAGAGGGAGACCAAUAAAAAUUGUUGAUGUUAACUAUGAACACAUAUGGGAAAUACCUAAAAAUGGGGGAGUUAAUACUUAUGCUGUUGUUAAAAAGAAUGGUGAAGUAAAAAAAUUUAGUGAAGGAACGAAUAUAAUAUAUGGAACAACUAAAAGAAUAAAAAAAGAAAAUACAGAUAAAACAGAUAAAAAAAAAAUUAAAAAAGAAAUUGAAAAAUAUAAGAAAACACUUGAUAUUAAAAAUGUUUCUAAUGUUUCUAAAAAAGAAGAUACAGAACUAAAAAAAAAAAAAGAAAAAAAAAAGACACUACAUCGUGCUAUACAUAUAACAGCAGAUGAUGUCCCAUCAACAGAAAAAGAAAAGGAAGAAGAUGAAGAUGAAAUAAAUAUAGGAAAGGAAUUAGGAGUUGCAAUAAGAGAAAAUUUUGAGACGCAUUAUGAAGAAUCAAAAAAUCCAUCUUCUCUAAGUACUGAUUUAUUAGAUACAAAAAUUCCUGGUGGUAUAGAGAAAUUAUUGAUGGAUGAUUUAGAAGAUAGAAAAUGGAUAUCUAAAAAACCCUUAAGUGAUAAAAUAUGUUUAAGAGAUUAUUCAAAACAGUGUCCUUCUACAUGGGAACGAAUAUCAGAAGUACAAUGCAGAUCACCGAAAGAAUAUUCUGGUCCUUGUUCUCACAUUAUGGUUUUUGAACCUAUGACUUCAAAAGAAAAAAGUCAACUAGCAACAGAUUGCAAAGUCAACUGGCUAUGUAUUAAUGAGUCAUGUGGCAACAGUAAAAGAGAUUAUUCAAAAGAUUGUCCUGAAAAUUGGAAUUACACAGGAAAAUGUGAAGCUCCUGAAAAUUAUUCUGGAGGAUGUAACAAAAUAAUGGAUUUUGGUGCUUUUACACAAAAUGAAAAGGAGGAAUUUUCCUCAGCCUGUAAAGUGGUUUGGCCAUGUAAAGAAGAAUCAUGUGAAAGAGACUACUCAAUAACAUGCCCCAAAGGAUGGUCUUACGAUGCAAGUAAAGAUAUGUGUAAAGGAAGUAAAGAAUUUGAAGGAUUGAUUUCAAAAGAAGAAAUGGAAGCUAUAAGCCAUAUGUCUUAUCAUCAAAGAAUAGCAUUUUCAUCUAAAUAUGGAAUUGCAUGGCCCUGUAAGAAUAAAUGCACUUAUGGUUAUGAUAUAUAUCCUUGCCCCAGGGGAUGGAUAAAUUUAAUGAAUUCAGGAGCUUGUAAGGCUCCUGACGAUUAUAAUCCUCCAAUUAGCUGUCCUCGUAUAACACAUUUUGAUUAUAUGAAUAUAAAUGAAAAAGAAAAAUUUAGUAAAAAGUGUAAUGUUAAAUGGUUAUGUAUCGAAAAUGCACAAAGAGAUUAUUCAAAAUGCCCAAUACAUUUUGAUUAUAUAGAUAAAGGAAAUAAUAAAGGUAUGUGUAAGCCUAAUGAAAAAUAUAAAGGACCAUGUAAAGAAGUUCAAGAUAUUUUAUCAUUAACUCUUGAACAAAAAUAUAACUUUGAAGAAACUUGCGAAGCACAAUUUCAUCGUAUAGAAAAUAAGAAUAUUCCUCAAGUAAAACAAGAUAAUAUUCCUGAAAAUACAAUGGAAAAAUUACUAAAAGGAACGGAUAUUUCUAAAAGUGGAAUUACAUUAGAAUAA